AUGAUGAAGUCUCCGGUAUUUCUGCCAACUUGCUCCAACUGGAUGCAUGGAACGUCUGGUUGCGAAAGGCAAGGCAUUAAAGCCUGUGGAAACUGCAAACUUGUAGUCUAUUGUGGUAUCGAUUGUCAAAAGGCGCAUUGGCCAGAGCACAAGAAGGCUUGUCGAUCUUCCAUGGCCAAGGCAGACUGGCGCCCUUCAUGGGAUCGUGAAGGCCGGGUACCACACUGGGCGAGCGGCGAAGCAUCUACGAACUGGCAUAAUAUGUUUGGAGGCAACAAAUACCUCUGGGGAAAUACUCCGGCGGUAGAUGUCCUGAAUCUUGAGCAGAACGAGGGCAUCGAAUAUAAACGAGAUGUUGCAUUACUAUUUGCUGCGUCAGGAGAUUUGCGUCAUGUUGUCAGAACAAUCGCGAGUCUCCCGCGUAAUAUGAUGCAGCAGUUCGAUAUCACCAUGAAUGACCUGGAGUUCACUGUCGUGGCAAGAAAUGCUAUUUUGCUCCUCCUGGCUUUGACUAUACAAGACUCGACUACUGUCGAGGCGUCCACCUCGCCGUUAAGCAACCCCGAGGUAUUGAUUCACGUUUGGUACUCUGCUUCCUUUCCAUCAUGCGUGCUGUCUCAGCUACGCGACAGGGUAAAGCCGUUGAUAUCAGAAGUUUGCAGCAAAAUCACAAAUAAACCGCCAAGUACUACGCUAGGAAAAACCUGGACAUUCUCGAACGGACGAACACUUCGCCUCAUACUCAAGCAAAAGGAGUGGCUUCGACUUGCAGAUUUCCUAGACGUACCAGAGGAAUUCAGUGUUGAAGAUGCUGCAGCAAUUCGGAGGACUGUGACUCUUGCUCCAGAAAGAUUCGACUACCGAGACCGAUGGUACUUCAAAGAUUCAUCGCCCUUUAUGCGAAUUGCAAGGCAGAAGUUUCAAGACGAUGGUAUACUUGCACCAUUCGGGUACCCUCGAACAGCAUUCGAUACUCCGAACCCCACAUUUUUCCAGGGGCAAAAAGGCUGGCCUCUAGACGACAAGGCUGACCCCUCCGAUGGCUGGCCGGUCUUGGACGUCCGACAGACGGGCUGGCCUGCUCCUCAAGACUGGUACGGCAAAUUGUUCAUUUAUAUUCACAAUAUGAUGGAAAGAUUCUUGGGCCGUCUUCAAAAAACCAAAAUCUGCUUUGUACUCUACAAUGUCGAUGCCAGGGAUCUGCCUCAGCAUCUUGAACAUAGUAGAUACGCUAGAAUAGAGGUGGCCAACAUUUGCGACAGUGGUUAUAUUGGGAUUCGAGAUACGCUUUCUCUCUUGUCCCCCCUACUACAAUCACCACAACAGAACGUGCACGCGACAUUGAUUACUAUCUUUAUCAAUGCAGUAAAGGAAGCAGUAAAGAGGGGGAAUCCGAAGGAUGAAACCCCUAAUAUGGAGUUUCUUAGUAAAUAUCUCCCGUUGCCUCGGACAUUUUCGAUGAACGAUGCCGAUAUGAUGAGAAUCUGGGAUGCGCGUGAUCUAGCACUCGAUGUUGACAGAUUCUUUAAUCGGUACAUGCUCUUAUACGAUUUCAAGAAGAUCUCUGCAGAUCUAGGUGUUGAAAUGAAGAAAAGCAAUACAAUCAUGGAGAAGUGGCCUACGCAGCUGAAGCUUAAAGUGGGAGAGCAAGGCGCCGAAGAGGAGUUCCGUCUUCAUUUGGGAUCUGGAUGCGCGAAUAUCGAGCGUCAUGUUGAAUGGAGUAGGCUUUGA